UAAGAAAGAUGGACAACGCCAGACUUUCCAGACAGUACUCCAAACUGAAGUUUGCAGAUCUAUCUCUUGGACAGCUUCGGAAGAACCAAGAAAAUCAGUUUCAUGUCCCUGUAGACUUUUUUAGUGUUUAAUUAAGUAAGAAUAAGUAAAUUUUUUUUAGAUGAUACUUUAAUAAAUCUAUGUAUUUUGAGUUGUCGAGUUUGGGGAAGGAAUUCAAAAAAAAAAUUUAGAGGGGGGGGGGGGAAAGAAUUAAAAAUAUGGAAUUAUAACACCCCUGCUUUUCUAAUCUGUAUUUUUUCUUUGCUUGAUUCGAUUAAUAAUCUUAAUUUACUUGAUAUUUUCACCAUGUUCUCGUUUUAUAAAUAGCUAUUCCAGAUAUAAUGGCAGAAACAAUAGAAGAAUAUAUUAAUCUUGAGGAGUUUGAGAUGAAAGAAGAGACAGUUUUCAAGGAAGAAGAAAUCUUUCUCUCCUCUACUGUAGAGAACAUGUGUUCUGUUUAUAUACAGGGAGAAGGAAUAAAGGAGGAAGAGUUGAAGGAGGAGAUAGUUUAUAUCAAGGAUAAAGUAAUUACUCCUUCUACUGUAGAGAACACAUGUACUGUAUAUGUACAGGGAGAUGUCAAAAUGGAAAAUACUAGAAUUCUAGAAAUUGUGAAACAAGAGGAUUCUCUGCUGUCUGUGUCAAGGAGAACAAAAAGUUUACAAGAUGAAAAGUGCUUUUCGUGCGUUAAAUGUGAAUAUUCUUCAAAAUAUUUAAUUCUUCUGAGAACACACAUGAAAAGUAAACAUAGAAUAGUUCUCAAUGAAGAGGAUCCUCUGCUGGUUGGAUCAAAGAAAACCAAGAAGAGGAAACUAGAAGAAGUGAGAUAUCCAUGUGAUAAAUGUGAGUACAAUGCAACUGAAGAAAAUGAUCUUAAGAGACAUUUUGAGAGUAAACAUGAAGGGGCGAGUUAUCCAUGUGUUAAAUGUGAGUAUUAUGCAACCAGCCAACGUUAUCUCAGAGAACAUAUCAAGAAUAAACAUGAAGGAGUGAAAUAUCCAUGCGAUAAAUGUGAAUUCUCUUCAACUACUGUAAGGGGUCUUAUAGGACAUAUCGCUAGUAUACAUGAAGUAGUGAAAUAUCUAUGUGAUAAAUGUGAGUUUUCUGCAACCAGCCAUAGUUAUCUCAGAGAACAUAUCAAAAAUAAACAUGAAGGAGUGAAAUAUCCAUGCGAUAAAUGUGAAUUCUCUUCAACCACUGUAAGGGGUCUUAAUAGACAUAUCGCAAGUAUACAUGAAGAAAUUAAAAGAUAUCCAUGUAAUAAAUGUGAAUAUGCUACAACUACAGCACACCAGCUAAGGAAACACUUAUGUAAGAAACACUAAUGAAGAAUAUAACUCGCGUCCACAUGCUCUAUAAAGAUAUUAGUUUAGAAGGAAGUACCCUCUCCUUCUACUGAAGAGGAUACAUGUACUGUAUAUAUAAAGGAAGAAUAUGUUUAUAUCAAGAUGAAGAUGGAAGUACCCUCUACUUCUACUGAAGAGGAGACAUGUACUGUAUAUAUAAAGGAAGAAUAUGUUUAUAUCAAGAUGAAUUUUGGAAGUACCCUCUCCUUCUACUGAAGAGGAUACAAGUACUGUAUAUAUAAAGGAAGAAUAUGUUGAGAUGGCAAAUACUAAGACGACAGAUGAAAUAGUUCUCAAUGAAGAGGAUCCUCUGCUGGUUGGAUCAAAGAUAACCAAGAAGAGGAAACUAGAAGAAGUAAGAUAUCCAUGUGAUAAAUGUGAGUACAGUGCAACUAAAGCAAAUGAUCUUAAAGAGACAUUUUGAGAGUAAACAUGAAGGAGGAAGAUAUCCUUGUGAUAAAUGUGAAUACAUUGCAACAUACCAAGGUAAUCUAAGAAGACAUAUCAAGAAUAAGCAUGAAGAAGUGAGUUAUCCAUGUAAUAAAUGUGAGUUUUCUACAACCACACUGUUAGAAAUGCCAUUUUGUAAAUUUUCAAUAUCAUCAUAUUUCAGGCCAAUAUAACCAGUAUAUAGAA